UUCCUGUUGUUACCGGUCGCAUUUGGAGGCAAAGCCAAAAUCACUUCCGGUUGUCAUUGAUUCCACCCUAGGAUUCCACCGUGUGCUGCUCAUUUUCUCCCAUUUGAAGAUCUUAGGAGCACCAGGUGGCGUCAUGACGCUUUUCCACUUCGGGAACUGCUUUGCUCUCGCCUAUUUUCCAUAUUUUAUAACCUACAAGUGCAGCGGACUCUCAGAAUACAAUGCUUUUUGGAGAUGCGUCCAGGCUGGAGCGACAUACCUGUUUGUUCAACUUUGCAAGAUGCUGUUCCUUGCUACAUUUUUCCCUACAUGGGAAGGAGGAGCAGGAGUUAUUGACUUUAUUGGGGAAUUCAUGAAGGCCACAGUGGACCUAGCAGACCUGUUGGGCCUCCAUCUGGUGAUGUCCCGGAACGCUGGGAAAGGAGAGUACAAGAUUAUGGUGGCUGCGAUGGGCUGGGCGACAGCAGAGCUGGUGAUGUCCAGGUUCCUCCCUCUCUGGGUUGGAGCCAGAGGGAUCGAGUUUGACUGGAAGUACAUCCAGAUGAGCUUUGACUCAAACAUUAGUUUGGUCCAUUAUAUCGCCAUGGCAGCAGUUGUGUGGAUGUUCACUCGAUACGACCUUCCUAAGAGCUUCAGGCUGCCUGUCACGGUGCUGCUAGCCUUGUGUGUUUACAAAGCCUUCCUAAUGGAGUUGUUCGUCCAUGUCUUCAUGUUGGGGAGCUGGACGUUGCUGCUGGUGAAAGCUGUGCUGACUGGGGCCAUCGCUCUUUGCUCACUUUUCCUGUUUGUCACCCUGGUCCACAGCAACUAAGGGGGACUCAGAAGCCUUUAAGAGUCUGAGAUCAACCAGGACCAGGGUUGUCGUGGGCCAGAGCUGAUGCUUGAUUCCAGUUUUUGAAUCAUCUUGCAGCUUUUAAAGAUCGAUAGAAGAUGGUUUCUGAUUAGCUAGAGCAUCAUGGAGUUGUGUAUUUUGGUUUGUUAACACGUGAAAACUCAGUAAAUCUUUGACUACAUCUAGUCAGCAGGUCAAAGGUAAAGGUGACCGUGACAUCAAAAGGCUUCUGUGUGAGAUCUAGCUUACCCGAGCUGUCACACAGAUGAAAAGGUGAAUUUUGCAUAAGAGCAACAGUUAAGCAUUUCUUUAUUUAUGUUCUCCAGGGAGAUGGUAUCAAGAUUUGGAUUAAUGAAGUGAUGAAUCACAACCUCAGGUCCUUAGGGGCUACACAUUUGAGUUUAUGUACUAAUAAAUAAUUCAAAAAUUACAGCAAAAACACUUUUUGUAAAGAAAAACCCUCAUAUACCUUCACAGUUAUGAAUGAACUAAGAUUUGUUUCGUAUUUCUGACCCAACAAUGAUGACUUUUAACUGGUUUCUACACAAAUAAAUAUGUUUGUUUUGUU